AAUUUAAUAAAAUUUGUGGCAUCGUUGCUUGACACUUGUGCUCGACAUUUGUGGGAGUUGUCCUGCACACUGUUUGGCACUAUUUUGAAGAGAACUUUGGUGAUAAUUCAUUACGAUAGUUUUUAUAAAGUAACUAUCAUGAGUUUUACAGCAGAGAACAUCCCAUGCAUCCAAUGCAUAGUUAUACCAUUGAUUAUUUUGUUAAUUAGUAUUUUUGCCCUAUUCGUCAAUCGUUCCAAUAAGAGGCAACCCAGAAUUACAAUUGAUGAGCUCAAUAGAAAACUGUGCGAGUUUGUGCCUGAACCUCUGGCCCCUGAAAAUGAACUCUAUGUUGAACCUAUAAUUUUGGAACAAUCCAAUCCAACUUAUGUUUUCAAUAAUGUGCAAAACUUGCUAAGCAAUAACUAUUUAAACUUGACAAAUAAAGAAAGCAUUAAAAAAAUAGCAACAGACUGCAUUAGAAGUAAUGGUGUUGGUUCAUGUGGACCUCGGGGUUUUUAUGGAACUGUUGAUGUACAUUUGGAUUUGGAAUGCCGCAUAUCCGAAUUUAUGGGCCUUGAGGAAACUGUUCUCUACUCUUACUCAGUUUCUACCUUAUCUAGUGCCAUAAUAGCUUAUUGCAAACGUGGAGAUGUAAUAUUUUGUGAUGAAAAACUUUGCAAUCCAUCAAUUGAAGGUAUAAAAGCUUCAAAAGCUACUAUUGUAUAUUUCAAUCACAAUGAUAUGGCAGACUUGGAAAACAAGUUGAUUGAGCAUGAUGAAAGAGAGAAAAACAAGAAGAACAAGUCGCGCAAAUUUUUGAUUGUAGAAGGUAUAUAUUUCCAGACAGGAAAGAUAUGUCCAUUACCUGAACUGAUGGCUAUUCGCGAGAAGUACAUGCUAAGAAUGUUCCUGGAUGAAAGCAUCUCGUUUGGUGCCAUAGGUACAAAUGGACGUGGUGUUACCGAAUAUUACAAUGUCAACAGGAAAGAGAUUGAUUUGAUUGUCGGAAGUCUCGAAUUUGGUGUAUCUUCGAUUGGUGGUUUUUGCGUAGGCAGUUCCUUUGUGAUUGAACAUCAAAGGCUCUCAGGUUUAGGUUAUUGCUUCUCAGCAUCACUUCCACCAUUUUUAAGUUCAAUUGCUAUACAUGCAAUUGAUUUAUUUGAUACUAAACCUGAGCUUUUUGAAAAGCUUCACAAUGUUUGCAAGUUAAUGCAUAAUGAGUUGAGUGGUGCAACAGGUAUUACAAUACUGAGUGACCCAUUGUCUCCAAAGAAAGUAUUUUCUGUUGCUAAGGUUUCACCUGAUAGCAUCAUUGACUAUUGCAAAGAAAGAGGUGUCAUUGUAGACAAGAUGGACGAAAACAUUUAUUUCAAUAUCAACAUUGAAAUGGACAAAGAAUACAUCUCUAAAGUUGUUAAAGUAAUUACAUCUGCAGUUUAAAACAUCGAUGAAUGAUUAUAUUUGCUAGCAUUAAUUAAAAUUUAUCUUAAAACAAAAA